AUUGGGUCUUGUAAAUUAAUCUUGUUUUAUUACACACAGAGUAAAAAUAUUCCAGGAAAGCAGUUUGAAUUCACAGCCAGUCAUAUAUGAAGCGAUGAUAAAAGCUUUGACAGAUGUUGGGCUGAAGAUUGAGGAAGGUCUUGCUAGUCAUGAUCUGGAAGGUUUUUUUGAAAAUCCAGAUACUGCUGAACAGUGUGUGUUUCUUGAUCAACCAAAAUACACAAGUCUUUUUAUGAUGAUAUACCUGGGGUAUCUUAAUAAUCAGGUGGUAUCUCGGCUACAAGAAAGCCUUAAAGGAGCUCCUAGCGAAUUGGAAACUGGGUACUUUAUAUCUGUAGAGAGACCUCUGAUGGAUAAUGUUUGCAGAUCGAAGGAAAAUUUCCAAAAAAUGUUAAUAGGGAGUGGCAUACUACAGACAGAAAACAAGAUUAUAAAAGCGCGAAUCGUCACUCCAGGAGAAAUAGGAAUAUUGCCCAUCGUAGAGAAACUUUUUGGAUUAAAUCUUCCUCUCAAGUCUUAUUUUGUCUUGUCUAGAUUACAUACAACUUACAUUCAACUCACAUUGAGCCAAGUUGUUCAGAUUCGGUCCUGUGAAAAAGAAGGGUCUUCCAUCGUAGUCAAGGAUAUAAAUAUUCCGAUUGAAGAUAUACAUGACAGUAUAUGUAAGCAUUUAUGGGAAAAGAUUGGAUUGAACGGAGCGAAAAAGGAAUGUGGAUAUAACAAUGAAAAUUGCAGCAAACGUUGUAAUAAACAUUCGAUCCAGAAUUACACCAAAGCUAUAACGGAAUUGAAACAGUAUUUAAUGGAAAUUUUCUCACCUGUCAAUAUAGACAUGGAUUUGGAUGUCUUAAAAAAGAUUGAAACUAGUAAAACAUGUGGAUGUGGUAUUCAUGUAUCUAUUCGUAAUAUGAUUGAGGAGGGGUUGAAACCAGCAUUACAAAAUGUUGCCGCAGUCAUGACAUCCUCAGUAACAAACAAAAAUCUCUUUGGAAUAUAUCAGGUGGACCAUUUUUUUGUGAUGGAUGAUACGCUUGCCACAUCAAAGGGCUCCUUAUUUUGUCCGGUGUUUUAUAAUCUAUUACAAGAAGCAAUUGAAAAUAGUAUCAAGUCAAAAAGAUUAAAUUCGCAAAUGUUUAUUAUUCGAGAAAAACUGCAUGAGUUGUUGCAACCAGUGAUAAGUAAAACAUGUCUUUUAUACAACACUUUAAUACAUGGGAGUUCAAGAAUAGCAUCAGAAGAUACUUAUGCAAUAUACAUGUCUGGUUCUAACAACGUGGGGUUGCAUGUGUAUGGUGACGGAUACAAAUAUAAUGAAAAAAAUUAUGUCGGUGGUAAAGAAGGUGCCUUAAUAGUAUUACGAAAAGGACAAUUGUUACCACAUACAGGAAUAGUUAAGCAUUUUAGAUGGAUAAUUAGAAACCGUGGCUAUUUUAAAAGAGUCCCGUCAUUGAUUUUAAAUCUAGUAAAGUUGAAUUCGAACUAUAACAGCCCUAAGGAUAUUGUCUCUUUGCAUCGGCACCAACAUAAUCUGGUUGAAGCUUUCGAUUAUGAUAUAUUUAUAGCGGUAUCUCAGAUUUUUAAUUUAAAAAUAAGUUACAGUAAUCAUGACGCUGUUCUUCAAUUUAAUAUGGAGGCCGAUGCAGGGUUUUCUCCUAUUAGACAACAGUUGACACUAGUCAACUCUUGAAAUGUACGAAAAAAAAACCCAGACAUCUUUGAUUUUGAUCAUGGAUAAAAUAAAUUAUGACUGAUGCACUACCCACAGACUGUAUUAUGCUUA